UCAACACGCAGUAGGCGUUGCGAAAUGGUCCUACACUCAUCUGCAUCUACUGCCGGAGCCGUUGGUAAAUCUGUCAAUCUGCGGUUAGCUUUACCCUACAUCCUGCUCCUGCGAUGGAUAACGCAGAUCAAGAAAUCGAUACCAAGCAGGAGGAACUGAGACGCAAAAAGCAGGAAAAGCUGCUCGCCAAGAAGGCCGCUGCACGGGAAGCACAAAAUCAACUGUACCGGGACCACCUGAAGCGCGAGCGAGACUUUUCGGACCAAACCGAGCGAGCGUUCUUUGCGGACUGGGAAACGCUCUGCGCGCAGGUGCAGUCCGGCCAGCUGGUGGAAGAGUUACGCCAGCAGCAGCAAUGCUUUGGGACGGUUUUUGACCGCAAAAAUGAAUGCAUCCGUCGGUUGGUGGGCGCACAGGAGGAGGUUCAGGAGAUACACACGAAAUGUUUGGCCCGGCUGGGGAACGUACUCGACUACUACAUCCGGCUCAAGGACUUCCUGACCGCAACGGUGCUGGAGCAUUACGAAAGCGAGAGCCAAAAGCUUCUGAAAGAGUUCCGCGAAGAAGUCGAAAGCAAAGAGAGCUUCAGCACCUCCCAGAUGGAGUUGCUGGAUGCUUCACUUGCGGAACUGUUGUCCAAAAUGAAACAAGACGAAUCGAACGAUCGUGAGUGGUUGCUUGCGGCCAACAACCAAAACAUAAGUGCACAAGUGGAAAAGUGCGAAAUUAUUCGCGAUCAUAAGUUCACCGAAAUGAGUGCCCUCUACCGGCAGCUGCGGGCAACACUUGACGACUACUUCCAAACCGUGCUGUAUCCGGAGCGGCAAGCCGCCUACCAUGGGCUCGUCCAGCGCACCGAAGAUGAUGACAAGAUCUUCAACAAGAACUGCUGUGAGAUGGCGGUACUGCAGAGCAAGAAGACACAGCUUGAGCAUACGCUCAAGCUGGCCCGCAUCGGGGCAAGAAGAAAGCUACGCACCCGGCACAACUAUCGGCGACUGCUGGAGAUGAAGGUGCUGCUGCUGAAGAAACAGCAACAGCAGCUAGACGACGAACAUCAGCGCUGCCUCAAAUGGAUCUGUUCCUUCACGCAUCAGCUUAGGAAGCUGCUGGCGGAGCAUUUUGCUUGGGGUGAAAGAAUUGCCAAAAUGGCACUGAUCUGUACGCAGUACGAGACGGAACAGGAUCAACGGUACGCUGCCAGGUGGUACCAGCCGAAACCGGAUGCCGGCAAGCGGCUGCAUCAACCAGAAGCACACGACGGUACGUUUGAUUACUUGAUUCACAAAAUUAACCGUGUGGAAGCGAUCAACAUUGUGCUGCGGGAGGAAAAGUUCCGUUUGAAGCGCGAAAAUGAUGAACUCCAAACCAAAUUCAAAGCCUACUGUGGACUGCACAACAUCACCGCUCCGGAAAAGCUACACCUGUGUGGUCGCGAAGCAGACGAACGUACGAGUCAUCCGUGAAUAAUGUCGCGAUAGAGGCGGUUACAUUUAACUGCGCUUAUCUUUAGUUUCACUUAGCUUUUAUGCGUUUGGAUGGUUGGCUUUUAGUUCCAGAUUCUCCAAAUUUUAAGUGUUGCUGUACCUUUUUGUCGGCUACACAUCCCGCCCAUUAGAUUGUGCAACUCACCUGACGGCAUCCGGUGACACAUCUACACCAUUCGAGGCUCAUCAUGCUUCUGCAGCACAAACCAGAUUUAUCACAACAUGACUCCGUCGGUGGCUGUGUCCACCUGAAACCA